AAGAGGUAGGUGUAGGUAGAGGACGAGGUUUUUCAUUUAGAUUUGAAUGAGCUCAUCUGAAAUGUGUUUGAUGUAGUUGGUGUCAAAGGAACUUUACAGAAAAAAAGCUGACAAAGCCAUAGAACCCUGUUUCUCUGAGGAGUCCCUUUCUAAUGCUGAUUCAGCCGUUUUUUUGGCCCACUGGACAUUCAAGAAGCUGGCAUGUCACAAAAGGAGGCUCAAGCAAUGGCCGAAGAAGAACUGAAUUCACCUGCCAUGGAAAACAAUACAGAAGGGGAAAGUUCUGAAUUAGCCCCAGAGACGGGCACUGGGCCUGGACCUCAAGAAGCAGAGAAUCCCCUGGAUAGUAACCACAGCUCUAAGGAGAUAGAAGACAGCAUGGCGGUAACAAAAGAGAUGGGUGGUCAGGAUGGCACAAAUCCAGAUCAAUCUUUCGAUCAGAAUCUGGAGGAAGUAAAGCCACCGCUCAUCAACACACAUCCAGGUGUGAGUGGACACAGAAGAAUAGGGGCUCAAAAGGUUAUGUACACCACUCAAACAUCAGCAUCAGCCAUCUCUUCCCCACCGGCUACAACAGCAGUGGCUGGGAAACGCUCUGUGGUACUGUCUAAUGAAGCAAGGAAGGAGAUGGCAAAGCAAGCCAGAGCUCUGAAGGAUGAGCGCAGAGCCUUACUAGACAGCAGACACAAGUACCUCAUUGCCAAGAUUGCCAAUGGUGUCAGUUUGGGGGAGGUGGAGGUAGAAGAAGCUCUCAUUUCAGAUGAUAAGUUCAGCAUGAUUGAAGAUUUCUUCUCGGCCCAUGGAUCAAAGAGAUUACUUUUCUACUAUCAAGUUGUGCAGCUGCAGGCCCAUGGAAACUUACCCUCCUGGUCAGAGUCUAUCAGUGCAACCUGUGGGCAGAAGAAACUGUUCAUCACAACGGGCACCACAGAGAGCCUUAGCGGCUAUUGUUUGUUUUUCCUGCGCAACACGGACAAGGCCAUAACGACCAGUAAUGUAGCACAGGAGGUGAAUUUUGGAAUGCUUGACUGCACAGAUGCCAAUAUUUUGCAGAGUCUAGAGAAGCUUUUCACUGAUGUCAUGUAUCCUGCGCUCCGGUCUCAGGAGGACUGGGGGGUCAUGAAGGAGGGCCAGAGGGACUCUCAUGUUCAGGAUUUUCUACUCUCAGUAGAUAAGUUCAUCUGCAGUCUCUCCUCAGCUAGGAAGAACAUGGAGGACAAGUUUCAGCUUCAUAACAUGGUGCCUUCUCCAGACCUCAGCCACCUUCAGGAACCAGUGGACUACAUCAAUGCUGCAAAUAACUCUGAGCUGGUGGAAAGUCUGGAGUUGGUGCUGUUGCAGUGGGCCAAGCAGAUAGAGCAGGUCCUUGCUGAGAGUGAGCAGAUGAGGAAAGAGGCAGAUGACAUUGGCCCCUCGGUAGAACUUGAGUACUGGAAAAGCCGAAUGAGCACCUUCAACAGCCUUUUGGACGAAAUAAAGCAACCCCAGGUCAAGACAGUUAUUGGAGUGCUACAAGUAGCGAAGUCUAAGACCCUGAGUAAAUGGAAAGAACUGGAUGGAAACAUCACAAUUGUAGCCAACGAGGCCAAAGAUAACGUCAAGUAUCUGUACACAUUAGAAAAGUUUUUCAAGGUACUCGGGAAAUGCAACCCGACCAGUAUGUUGGAGCAUAUCCCCAGCCUUCUGAACAGCAUUCGACUGAUUCAGAAUGUGUCCCGAUACUACAAUUCUUCUGAGCACAUGACUUCCCUCUUCGUGAAGGUUACUAAUCAAAUGGUCACUACCUGCAAGGUAUACCUUUGCCAGGGAGUGAGCAAAAUCUGGGACUUGGACAGGAAGGAACUGUUGAAGAGGAUCCAGGAAUGCCUGCAGCUGAACCAGGAAUACCAGCAGUGCUUCCAGAGAGUGUGGGAUGAACUACAGCAAAGCCCCCUUGACCGCCAGUUUGAAUUCAGUGAGAAUUACAUCUUUGGAAAGUUUGAUGCCUUCUGUAAACGUCUUGAGAACAUCGCAGACAUGGCUACAACUCUAGAAGCCCUCUCAGCCUUGCAGUUAAUAAAAGUGGAGGGCAUUGAGAAGAUCAUCGUACGCUGUCAAACCAUUGUAACCAGCAUAAAAUCCAAGACUUACAAUGUGCUGGACCACCGCAAAAAGGAGUUUGACAGUGACUACACGGAGUUCAAAGGUCAAAUACAGGCACUGUAUCAGUCUCUUCAGAUGCUACUGGACACCUUGUUUCAACAGCCAGUUUCUACUGAACAGCUGCUGGAUCUGUUGUCAAAGUUUGAGAAAGGAGUGGGCAAUCAAAUGGACCUCAGUCAAAAAUAUGAAACUGUUCUUCAACAUUUUGCUCAUGACUUGGAACAGGUGCGCAAGCUCUACCAAAAGCACAAAGACCACCCUCCCAUACCGCGCAACAUGCCUCCUGUUGCUGGAAGGAUCAUGUGGGCACGACAGCUGUUCAGAAAAAUUGAAUUACCAAUGGAAAUACUCAAGGAUAAACUGGACAUUUUAUGGGCCUCUGAGGUAAAGAAGAUAAUACGAAUGUACAACAAAAUGGCUGCGGUUCUAGUGGAGUAUGAGGUGCUGUAUCACAGAGGCUGGGUCAAUGCGGCGGGACUGGGACAGCAAGGCCUCAAUGCUUCACUUCUCAUCAGACAUCCAACGACAAAGGAGAUCUAUGUGAAUUUAGACCCUAUGGUCCUGGAGAUACUGCAAGAAGCCAAGUACAUGCACAAAUUAGGGGCUCGUGUACCAAAGGUCAUCUUAAAUAUGUAUGCCAACAAAAUGGAGUUGAACAACCAUCACAAUAAAUUGGUGGAAAUGCUGCAAGACUUCGAGACAGCUGUAAACAGGAUCCGUCCUCUCCUCCAGCCCCUAAUGAGGCCCUUUAUCAAUCGUGUGGAAACUGCACUUUCUCCUGGACUCACCAGUCUCUCAUGGACUUCGCUCAACAUCAGCACAUUCAUUGACUCUGUAUAUGAGGCACUGCAAGAGUUAGAGGAGGUGGCGAAGGUGACCACAGACAUACUGGAGUGUCGGAUAGAGCGAGUUCUGGACUCCAUGUCCUCCACUGCUCUUCUAGCUCUUCCUGAGGAGGAUCCAGUACUUCCCCAGAGCUUCCUCGUUCAUACUGAAAGCACAGUGAGAUCAGCAGGAUGUACGCUGAUGAUUCACAGUCAACAGGUUGAGCGUUCCAUGUAUGAGAUCAUUGAGGAGCUAAAAAGGGUAAUGAAGCCCAGUGAGAGGGUGAACCUAGAGGACUCAUUCCAGUGCCUUCACCCUGAUGCUAAACAGAAGACUCGGUGCCAGCUUUGCCUGCCCUGUAGUUUCUACAUGAUGAUGUCCCAGCUGUGUCAAAAGAACACUGAGGCAUUGGUCAAAGCUACCAAGUGUUCUCUGGAUUCUCUGAGGCGUCGUCUCCAUGUUGUAAGCCAGAAGUAUCAUUCGUUGUCCUCAUCAAACCAUCCUGCACCUCAUGCUCCUCUUUUUAGGGCCUCUAUUGAGCUCGCCAUCCCUAACAUCGUCUUCAGACCCAGCCUAGAGGAGAUGCAGAGUAUUCUGAACAAAGUUGUGGCUACAGUCCUGUCAAUGGCAAAGGAUAUUCCACUCUGGAAAUUCUCACAUUUACAUCACAAGCAACUGCAGUUGGAGCAGCUAGCAGCACGAGAGCUGGGAGAUGAUGGCCCAGUGACCAAACAGCUCAUACUGAAACCACUUGACAGGCAGCUUGCUGAGCAUAAGGAUGUUACUAAAGCUGUCACGCAGCUGAACUCCAUCAUAUCCUCUCUUAAAGUAAAUGCAGGGGACAUUCUGGUGGACCUUGUUAAUUUCUCUGCUCUGUGGGAUCAGGACCCAGCAGAAGAAGUGAAAGCAUUUUUGGACACCAGUCCAUCCCUCCCUGAGUUCAGUUCCAAGCUUUCCUGUUAUUCUGCUCUAGAAGCUAAGAUUGAGGAACUUCCUUCCCUCUGCACUUUUGGCCCCAUCCUUUACGAUAUCCACUCCCUCAAGCUCUCCCUGACCCAGGAGUGUCGAGCAUGGAAGCGGACAUACGGGGCAGCCUUAAAUCAACGUGCCUCUACAGACAUGGGGGAGAUAAGCUCUUUUGUGGAAGCGGUGAGCAGACAGCUUCAGAGGCCCAUCUCUGAUCUUGAUGAUGUGAGAGUAGCCAUGGCUGCUCUAAAGGAGCUACGUGAGGCUGAGAUACGGAUUGAUGCCACUGUUGGGCCAGUUGAGGAGUCUUUUGCCCUCUUGAACAGACAUGAGCUGCAGUUCAGUGAUGGAAAUGCAGAGAGGAUGGACAGUGUAACCUAUGCCUGGAAAAACCUCAAAGUGUUGGUGGUGCAAACACAGAAUACUCUUGAGGCAAUUCAUCCUACCAUGAAGGCGGAGCUUCUGUCUGAAGUUGAAACCUAUCAGACUACAGUGCAGAAGUUCUACAGUGACUAUGAUCAGAGUGGUCCAGGUGUGGUGGGGUUGAGCCCUCGUGAGGCCAGUGACAGGCUACAGGUUUACCAGGCCCGGUUUGAUGAGCUUUGGAGGAAAUAUGUCACUUUCUCAAGUGGUGAGCAGCUCUUUGGGCUUACAGUUAAAGAGUAUCCUGAUCUUCACAGAAUCAAAAGGGAGCUGAGCCUUUUGUCCAAGCUAUACAGUCUGUAUAACUCUGUCAUUGACAGUGUUAGUGGGUACAGUGACAUCCUUUGGGCUGACCUGAACAUAGAAAAGAUCAACAGUGAACUGCAAGAUUUUCAGAACAGGAUCCGGAAGCUUCCCAAGGCACUGAAGGAAUGGCAAGCCUUUCAUGAUCUCAAGAAGAGCAUCGAUGACUUCAGUGAAACCUGUCCUCUGCUUUCCAUGAUGGCAAACAAAGCAAUGAUGUCCCGGCACUGGCAACGCAUAGCUGACCUCACAGGCCACAGUUUCGAGGUGGAGUCUGGUCAUUUUUGCUUGAAGAAUGUCAUGGAGGCUCCACUUUUGAAAUACAAAGAAGAUAUUGAGGAUGUGUGUAUCAGUGCAGUGAAGGAGCGGGACAUUGAUGCAAAGCUAAAAGAUGUGGUGGCCGAGUGGAGUAGCCACCAGUUCACUUUUGCAGCAUUUAGGAAUCGUGGAGAACUGCUGCUGAAAGGCUCAGACACUAUGGAGAAAGUGGUGCUGAUGGAAGACAGCCUUAUGGUUCUCAGCUCGCUCAUGAGCAACAGAUACAAUGCUCCUUUUAAGGCUUCUAUUCAGCAGUGGGUGCAGAAGCUGUCAAACAGCUCUGAAGUAAUUGAAAAAUGGUUGACUGUCCAGAACUUGUGGCUGUAUCUAGAGGCUGUGUUUGUUGGAGGAGACAUUGCCAAGCAGCUUCCACAGGAAGCUAAACGCUUCCAGAACAUUGAUAAAGCAUGGCAAAGGAUCAUGCAGAGGGCACAUGAGGUGCCAGGUGUAGUGCAGUGCUGCGUAGGAGAUGAGACUUUGAGCCAGCUACUCCCUCACCUGUUGGAACAGCUGGAAGUAUGCCAGAAAUCACUCAGUGGAUACCUGGAGAAAAAACGGCUCGUCUUUCCACGCUUCUUCUUCGUGUCUGACCCCGUUCUGCUUGAGAUACUCGGCCAGGCCUCAGACUCACAUACCAUACAAGGUCAUUUGCUGAAUCUUUUCGAUAAUGUGAACAGAGUUGUGUUUCAUGAGAAGAACUACGACCAGAUCUUGAGCUUUCAGUCACAGGAGGGAGAGACUGUAGACCUGAGUGAACCCAUCAAUGCCCAAGGAAAUGUGGAGGCUUGGCUCGGACUGCUAUUGGAUGGAGUGAGAAAGACCAUCCAUAGCAUUAUCAGGAAAGCCUACAUGGCUGUGAGUGACCCAGGCUUGAAGAUCAUAGAGUUCCAGUCGGUGUUCCCUGCUCAGGUAGGCUUGCUGGGAAUACAGCUCAUCUGGACCAGAGAUGCAGAGGAAUCCCUCAGCCUCAGCAAGACAGACAAGAAGAUCAUGCAGACAACAAACCAGAAAUUUCUGGACAUUUUAAAUGAACUGAUUGAUAUGACCACUCAUGAUCUGACCAAGAUGGAGAGAACCAAGUAUGAAACUCUGAUAACAAUACAUGUGCACCAGAAGGAUAUAUUUGAUGAUCUAGUAAGAAUGAACAUCCGGUCCCCAUUAGACUUCCAGUGGCAGAAGCAGUCACGUUUCUACUUUGUAGAAGAUACAGACAGGUGCAUCAUACAGAUAACUGAUGUGGAGUUUGAUUACUGUAAUGAGUACCUCGGUUGCACUGACAGACUGGUCAUAACACCUCUUACUGACAGAUGUUACAUCACCCUGUCCCAGGCCUUGGGCAUGAGCAUGGGUGGAGCACCUGCAGGUCCAGCAGGAACAGGAAAGACUGAGACAACUAAAGAUAUGGGCCGUUGUCUGGGCAAAUAUGUGGUGGUCUUCAAUUGCUCCGACCAGAUGGACUACCGAGGACUGGGGCGCAUUUACAAAGGACUGGCUCAAUCUGGCGCCUGGGGCUGCUUUGAUGAGUUUAACCGCAUUGAGCUGCCUGUGCUCUCAGUGGCUGCUCAGCAGAUCUACAUCGUCCUGCAGUGUAAAAAGAACAAGAAGCCUCAGUUUGUCUUCACUGAUGGAGAUGUGGUGGAUAUGGACAAAGAGUUUGGCAUCUUCCUGACUAUGAAUCCAGGGUAUGCUGGACGACAGGAGCUGCCUGAGAACCUGAAGAUUCAGUUCCGCACGGUAGCCAUGAUGGUGCCCGAUCGAGCCAUCAUUAUGAGAGUCAAACUUGCUAGUGCUGGCUUCAGAGACAACCAAGUGCUCAGCCGCAAAUUUUACACCCUUUACAAACUGUGUGAGGAGCAGCUCUCCAAACAGGUUCAUUAUGACUUCGGCCUACGCAACAUCCUAUCCGUUUUGAGGACCCUGGGAGCAGUGAAGCGAUCCAACCCAUCAGAGUCAGAGACGACUGUUGUCAUGAGGGUGUUGCGUGACAUGAACAUCUCCAAAUUGGUGGAUGAAGAUGAGCCUCUCUUCAUGAGUCUGAUUAAUGAUUUAUUUCCGGGAAUCAGCCUGGAUAAGGCUGGUUACCCUGAUUUGGAGGCUGCUAUAUGCAAACAGGCUGAGGAAGCAGGUCUCAUCGCCCACCAGCCAUGGGUACUCAAACUAGUGCAGCUCUAUGAGACACAACGAGUGAGACAUGGUAUGAUGACCCUUGGCCCCAGUGGAACAGGGAAGACGACCUGCAUUCAUACCCUCCUAAAGGCUAUGACAGACUGUGGCACUCCUCACAAAGAAAUGAGAAUGAACCCCAAGGCUAUCACAGCUUCCCAGAUGUUUGGCACUCUGGAUGUGACCACAAAUGACUGGACAGAUGGAGUGUUCUCUACACUGUGGAGAAAGACUCUAAAAGCAAAGAAGGGGGAAUACAUAUGGAUUGUUCUAGAUGGACCAGUAGAUGCUGUAUGGAUUGAAAACCUCAACUCAGUCUUAGAUGACAAUAAGACCCUAACACUGGCUAAUGGAGACCGAAUCCCAAUGGCUCCUAACUGUAAAGUGGUGUUUGAGCCUCACAAUAUAGAUAAUGCAUCUCCAGCCACUGUGUCGCGUAAUGGCAUGGUCUUCAUGAGCUCCUCUGUGCUGAACUGGAAGCCCAUUUUGGAGGCCUGGCUAAAGAAAAUUCUAACAUCACAGGCGGAAGUGCUUCUGAGCUGUUUUAACUCUGUCUAUCAGGACCUGAUGAAUUUUGUUUUCACUGCAGUUUCCCCCAAAAUGCAGCUUCUAGAGUGCAUGUAUAUCAAACAGACUAUUGAUCUUUUACAGGGCCUGUUGUCUGCAGGAGAGGAAAAACAAUUGACAGCAGCUUAUAUUGGUCGUCUGUUUGUGUUUGCUGUGAUGUGGUCUGUGGGCGCAGUGCUGGAACUAGAGGAUCGAUCUAAAAUGGAGAUGUUCCUCAGAAAUCACCCAGCUGUGCUUGACCUGCCCAACACACAAGAAGAUCAGACCAUUUUUGAAUUUGUGGUCAGUGAGACUGGCGAAUGGAACCCAUGGUCAAUGAAGGUGCCAGAUUAUCACUAUCCUAAAGACUCUGUCCCUGAAUAUGCUUCUAUUCUUGUGCCAAAUGUGGAUAACACACGGACAGACUUUCUUCUGCAAACCAUCAUGAAACAAGGCAAAGCAGUGCUGCUGAUUGGAGAACAGGGGACUGGCAAGACUGUCAUGAUCAAGGGCUAUACCAGCAAGUAUGACCCUGAGACACACCUGAGCAAAAGCCUGAACUUUUCCUCAGCCACCCUUCCAAGCAUGUUUCAGCAAACCAUUGAGAGCUACAUAGACAAGCGCAUGGGCACAACAUAUGGACCACCUGCAGGAAAAAAGAUGACUGUUUUUAUUGAUGAUAUCAACAUGCCAGUAAUCAACGAGUGGGGAGACCAGAUCACUAAUGAAAUAGUUCGUCAACUGAUGGAGCAGGGAGGCUUUUACAGUUUGGAGCGUCCUGGCGAGUUCAUCAGCAUAGUGGACCUGCAGCUGGUAGCAGCUAUGAUCCACCCUGGAGGGGGCCGCAAUGACAUCCCACAGCGCCUCAAACGGCAGUUCUGUGUAUUUAACUGCACUCUGCCUUCUAACUCAUCUAUAGAUAAGAUCUUCCAGACACUGGCAUCUGGAUAUUUUUGUCCAGAAAGGGGCUUCACAGAUGGUGUGUGCUCCUUGGCUAAAGCCCUUGUUCCCACCAUCAGAAGAGUGUGGCAAACUGUUAAAACCAAGAUGUUGCCCUCACCUGCAAAGUUCCACUAUAUAUUUAACUUACGGGAUUUGAGCAGGAUAUGGCAGGGGAUUCUCACCGUAGGAGCGGAGGUGUGCACAGGGCAAGACCUGCUAACUUCUCUCUUCCGCCAUGAAUGUACGCGAGUCGUUGCAGACCGCUUCAUUGAUCAGAGUGACAGGGAGGUCUUUGAUGGCAUCUUGGAAAGGGUCACCGUAGAAGACCAUGGGUCUGAUCUAGUGAAGACUGCUACAUGGGAGGAGUAUUUUGUGGAUUUCCUUAGAGAUGCUCCUGAGAUGACAGGAGAUGAACCUGAAGACACUGAGGUUUUGGUUCCAAAGGUCUAUGAGCCCAUUCCCUCGUUUCCAGCCCUGUCAGAGCGCCUUGCUCUGUUUCUGCAACAGUAUAAUGAGUCAGUGAGGGGCACUGCCAUGGAUCUGGUCUUCUUUAAGGAUGCAAUGAUUCACCUAGUGAAGAUUUCACGCAUAAUCUGCACACCCCAAGGCAAUGCUCUCUUAGUUGGAGUGGGAGGAUCUGGGAAGCAGAGUCUCACACGAUUGGCCUCGUUCAUCGCUGGGUACCAGAGCUUCCAGAUUGUUCUCACACGAACCUACAAUGCCAGUAAUCUCAUGGAAGACCUGAAGACCCUUUACCGAAUAGCAGGACUGCAGGGCAAGGGUGUCACCUUCAUCUUUACUGACAAUGACAUUAAAGACGAGUCCUUUCUGGAGUACAUGACCAACGUAGUGGCAUCUGGUGAGGUCUCCAACCUGUUCACCCGAGAUGAGGUAGCUGAAAUCACCCAGGAUCUGAUCCCCGCCAUGAAGCGUCAAUAUCCUCGCGUCCCUCCAACCAUUGACAACUUGUACAACUACUUCUUAUCUAGAGUGCGCAGUAACCUCCAUGUGGUGCUCUGUUUCUCACCAGUGGGAGAGAAACUUCGUUCACGUGCUGUAAAGUUCCCAGGCCUAAUCUCUGGCUGCACAAUUGACUGGUUCCAGCGAUGGCCCAAAGAUGCUCUGGUGGCUGUGGCUCAGCACUUUCUGGCCAGCUAUUCCUUCCAGUGCUCUGAGGAAGUGAAGCAAAGUGUGAUUGGGACAAUGGGGACGUUUCAGGAUCUGGUGGCACAGAUAUGCACUGAGUACUUCCAGCGCUUUAGGCGACAGACGUAUGUGACACCAAAAUCAUACUUAUCUUUUAUUAAAGGAUACCAGACCAUUUACUCUGAAAAGAUCGCAAAUGUGUGGAUGCUGGCAGAACGUAUGAACACAGGACUUGACAGGCUAAAGGAAGCAGAGCAGGCUGUGAAUGAACUCUCAAAGGCCUUGGCAGUGAAAGAGCAGGAGCUUGAGGUGGCUUCUCAUAAAGCAGAUGCAGUCCUUCAAGAGGUCACCAUCAAAGCCCAGGCAGCUGAGAAGGUCAAGGCACAGGUCCAGAAAGUAAAGGACAAGGCCCAGGCCAUUGUGGAUGAAAUAGAAGGGGAUAAGAAGGCUGCAGAGUCCAAACUGGAAGCAGCAAAACCUGCGAUGGAAGCUGCGGAGGCUGCAUUGCAGACAAUAAAGCCAGCUGACAUUGCCACAGUACGCAAGUUGGGAAAGCCUCCACAUCUGAUCAUGCGCAUCAUGGACUGCGUGCUGCUGCUGUUCCAGCGCCGAAUUGAUACCGUCAGCAUUGAUCCUGAGAGGCCCUGCUUGAGACCCUCAUGGAAUGAAGCCCUUAAACUCAUGAACAACUCAGGCUUUCUCAGCAUGCUGCUCAACUUCAAUAAGGACACCAUCACUGAGGAAGUAGUUGAGCUCCUUGUGCCUUAUCUGAGCAUGGAUGAUUAUAAUUUGGAAGCGGCCAAGCGGAUUUGUGGCAAUGUGGCUGGACUCUGCUCCUGGACUGAGGCUAUGGUGGACUUCUUUGGCAUCAAUAAAGAAGUCUUGCCACUUAAGGCUAACUUAAAGCUGCAGGAGGCCCGACUAGCUGUGGCUCAGGAUGAACUGGCAAGAGCUCAAGAACAGCUGGAUGCCAAACAGAAAGAGCUGGAUGAGGUUCAGGCACUUUAUGAUGGUGCAGUGAGUGAGAAGCAGUCACUGUUGGAAGAUGCAGAAGGAUGCCGCAAGAAAAUGUCCAAUGCUAUGGCCCUCAUUGAUGGACUUGGUGGAGAAAAGAUUCGCUGGACAGAGAGCAGUUCUGAGUUUCAGAGGCAAAUCAAGCAUUUGCCAGGAGAUGUGCUGCUGGCUACAGGCUUUCUGUCCUAUGCUGGUCCUUUCAACCAGGAGUACCGUAAUCAUCUUCUACAGCAGUGGAAGAAAGAAAUGAAUGCUAAUCAUAUUCCGUAUAGUCAUAAUUUCAAUCUCAUCAGCAUGCUGGUGGACAAUGCAACACUAGGUGAAUGGAAUCUUCAGGGCCUUCCCAAUGAUGACUUAUCCAUUCAGAAUGGCAUCAUUGUCACUGAAGCGUCCCGCUAUCCCCUUCUCAUUGACCCCCAGGGCCAAGGAAAGACUUGGAUAAAGAACCGUGAGACUAAAAAUGAACUACAGGUGACAACUUUAAACCAUAAAUACUUCCGAAGUCACCUUGAAGACUGCUUAUCUCUUGGGAAGCCGCUGCUCAUUGAAGAUGUUGGGGAAGAGUUGGAUCCUGUUCUUGACAACAUUUUAGAGAAGAACUUCAUCAAAUCUGGCUCAACAUAUAAAGUUAAAGUAGGUGAUAAAGAGGUGGAUGUAAUGAAGGAGUUCACUCUCUACAUCACCACAAAACUGGCCAACCCUGCUUACAGUCCCGAGGUCAGCGCAAAGACUGCAAUUGUGGACUUUACUGUCACGAUGAAAGGUCUGGAGGAUCAGCUGCUUGGCCGUGUCAUCCUCACAGAAAAACAAGAAAUGGAAUCGGAGAGGGUGAAGAUGUUGGCAGAGGUCACAUCCAACAAGAGGAAGAUGCAGGAGCUGGAGGAUAACCUACUGUAUAGACUGACCAGCACACAGGGAUCACUUGUGGAGGAUGAGUCUCUAAUAGAGGUGCUGAGAGUCACCAAGAGUACUGCAGAAGAGGUGAGGGAGAAGUUGUUGGUGGCUGCAGACACUGAAAUCAAGAUCAAUCAUGCCCGUGAAGAGUACCGCCCCGUAGCCACGAGGGGGAGCAUCCUGUACUUCCUAAUUGUCGAAAUGAGCUUGGUUAAUGUCAUGUACCAGACAUCAUUACGGCAGUUCCUUGGCAUUUUUGACAGCUCUCUGGAAAAGUCACCAAAGUCUCAGAUCACCACCAAAAGGCUAGGCUACAUUAUGGAUUUUCUCACCUAUGAAGUAUUUCGCUACACAGCCCGAGGUCUAUAUGAAGAUCACAAAUUCCUCUUCACCCUUCUCCUGGCGCUCAAGAUAGACCUUCAAGCUAAAAACAUUUCUCACAGCGAGUUCCAAGCUCUCAUCAAAGGCGGAGCUUCACUCGACCUUAACUCAGUGGAGCCCAAACCAAAGCGUUGGAUCCUGGACAUGACCUGGCUGAACCUGGUACACUUGUCCAGCUUGCAUCCCUUCACAAGACUUUUAGCACAGGUAGCACACAAUGACCGGGCCUGGAGGAGCUGGUUUGAUGAAGCAGCUCCAGAGGAGGCACCGCUUCCUGAUGGCUAUGACAGCCUUUUGGAUGCUUUCCACAAACUACUGCUGAUCCGGAGUUGGUGUCCUGAUCGCACUAUUGCACAGGCACGGAGGUACAUCGCAGAGUCAAUAGGGCAGCGAUAUGCAGAGGGCGUGAUACUGGACAUGGAUGCCAUGUGUACAGAGAAUGACAAGAGGACACCAAUGACCUGCUUUCUCUCUAUGGGCUCAGACCCAACCGAGAAUAUAGAGAGGCUUGCAAAGACCAAGAGCAUUCCCUGCAGGCCCAUUUCAAUGGGACAAGGACAGGAGGUGCAUGCAAGGAGGCUGCUAGCUCAGAGUAUGUCAGAUGGAGGAUGGUUACUGCUGCAGAAUUGCCAUCUUGGCCUGGAUUUCCUGGAUGAACUUCUGGAGACUAUCGAUACUUCAGAGAACAUCCAUGAGAGUUUCAGAGUUUGGGUGACCACAGAGGUCCACCCCAAAUUCCCCAUCAACUUUCUACAGUCAUCAAUCAAGUUCACUAAUGAGCCGCCACAAGGUGUGAAAGCUGGUUUGAGGAGGACCUACAACAGCAUCACUCAGGAGCAGCUAGAGAUUACCAACAUGCCACAGUGGAGACCUUUGCUGUACGCUGUAGCUUUCCUGCACACCACUGUGCAGGAGAGGCGCAAAUUUGGCCCACUAGGAUGGAACAUUCCCUAUGAGUUCAACCAGGCAGAUUUCACCUCCAGUGUGCAGUUUGUCCAGAACCACUUAGAAGAGGUGGACGUAAAGCAUGGCGUGAACUGGGACUGUCUGCGCUACAUGCUUGGAGAGGUGCAGUAUGGAGGACGAGUCACAGACGACAUGGACAAGCGGCUGCUUAACACCUUCACUCGUAUCUGGUUCAGUGAGAACAUGUUUGGGGACAAGUUUUGCUUCUAUAAAGGAUAUACUAUACCCAAGGCGAAAAUGUUGCAGGAGUACCAUACCCAUAUAGACACUCUGCCACUGGUGGACACACCUGAGGUUUUUGGCCUUCAUCCUAAUGCUGACAUCUCCUGUCAGACUAACAUGGCCAGUGAGAUUCUGAGCACCAUUAUCAACAUCCAGCCCAAGGACAGCAGUAGUGGCGGAGAUGAGACCCGGGAGUCCACAGUUCUGCGUCAAGCCAAUGAGAUGCUGGAGAAACUUCCUGCUGACUAUGUUGCUCAUGAGGUGAGGACCCAUUUGCAGAAAAUGGGACUCUUCCAGCCAAUGACCAUAUUUUUGCGCCAGGAGAUUGACCGAAUGCAGAGAAUCAUAGGCUGUGUGCGCAGCACUCUCACAGAUCUUAAACUGGCUAUUGAUGGGACUAUAAUCAUGUCAGAGGAUCUUCGAGAUGCUUUGGACAGCAUGUACGAUGCUCGCGUUCCAAAACUAUGGCAGAGAAGUUCAUGGGAAUCGGCCACUCUUGGUUUCUGGUUCACUGAGCUUCUAGAACGAAACCAGCAAUUCCACAGCUGGACUUUUCAUGGCCGACCCAAUCAGUUUUGGCUGACGGGAUUUUUCAAUCCACAGGGUUUCUUGACAGCUAUGCGCCAGGAAACGACCCGCAUGAAUCUGGCCAAAGGUUGGACCCUGGACACUGUUAUGCUUCUUAAUGAUGUCACACGAAUGAUGAAAGAGGAUGUGACAGGACCACCAUCAGGAGACGUAGGAGGGGUCUACAUUUAUGGACUCUUUUUAGACGGUGCUGGGUGGGACAAGCGAAACAUCAAGCUGGUCGAAUCUCCUCCUAAGGUUCUCUUUACCCCUCUGCCAGUGGUGCAUGUGUAUGCCGUGAGCAGUGCCAAUACAACAGACACCAAACGACCUCAGGGUGUCAACCUGUACCCCUGUCCAGUGUACAGAAAGCCCAGGCGCACUGACCUCACCUUCAUCUUCAGCCUCUUCCUUCGCACCGUCCAGAAUCCUGACCACUGGACACUGAGGGGGCUGGCUUUACUUUGCGACUGUAAAUAAUAUGCAGAUGGCCAAGUGGUUUUUGUUUAGGUGCAAGGUAUGCAUAUGUUUUGAUGUCUUCUAAGGUAAAAUGUUGCCGUAGUCUUUGGUGAAUUGUCUGUUGCUAAAUUAAUCCAACUGUAUAAUUGAUACUCAUACUUAAGGUAACAGAAGUAAGAAAACGGCUCAUGUUAAUACACCAAACUUCAGUCUGUACUCAAAUCAUUUAGAUGGGGAUACCUGGAUAUCUUAAUCAACCUUAGUUAUUUUCCACUCUUAAUCCUAUUUUCCAGGAGACUAGAUUCAUCCUUUCGUCAACACUAAGCAUAUUUAUGAUUAUGAAUCAGUACAAUUUCUUCUACUACUGUUAUAACCUGUCUGUGAAGCGCUUUGAGCUGCCACUGGCAUGAAAAGUGCUAUACAAAUAAAGAUGAUUCUUCUUAUUAUUACUA